CGACAAAGUAUUUUCUUAAAAUUUAUGAAACCUAAUAGAUAAAUUCGAGCACUAUUUACUCUUUAUACGCGUCUUACCGAGUUCAAUAGAUAUAAAAGGAGCUUCAUUUUUUGAAAGAUGUCAAUUAAAUAUUUAUAAAUAUGAGAAAAAAAGGAGAUGGUAAAGGAAUAUUCAAGCAACUUUUGAACAAAUCGAGGAGAAAGAAAAGUAAACAAACUGAAUCUAAAAACGAACGACAAUAAAAGACAUGAAAAACAUUAGAGGACAAAACAAUAGACAACGAAACAUUGUUGAUGUGAAAAGCAGCGACAAAGACAAAUAUAAUCAAUAAAAACCGAGACAUCAAUAUUGAAAUCGAGAAUAAUAUGGCCGGAAUUGUGCGAAGAGAAUUAAAAUGAUAUCGAGCAAGUGAAUAGAUUUGAUUAAGAGGAACAUAUCUACCAUUAGUUAUAGUAAGAAAUUAGAACUGAAAUGAAAAGAUUCAUAAAUUUUAUAAAGCUAUCGUUGCUAUAAAUAAACUGAAACCUAUCAAUAUCCAAUGAAAAUAUAUUAUAAAAGGAGCAUCAUUUUUUGAAAGAUGUCAAUUAAAUAUUUAUAAAUAUGAGAAAAAAAGAAGAUGGUAAAGGAAUAUUCAAGCAACUUUUGAACAAAUCAAAGAGAAAGAAAAGUAAACAAACUGGAUCUAAAAACGAACGACAAUAAAAGACAUGAAAAACAUUAGAGGACAAAACAAUAGACAACGAAACAUUGUUGAUGUGAAAAGCAGCGACAAAGAAAAAUAUAAUCGAUAACGAUCGAGACAUCAAUACUGAAAUCGAGAAAAAUAUGACCGGAAUUGUAUGAAGUCAUUCUUCAGGAGAGUUAAUUUGUUCUAAUAAUAUAUUACUUGUUUAAAACAAAUGUGUCUUAAUGCUUUUGAAUACGAGGAAUAUAAGACGAGAUAAAGGAAUAUUUCUCGGACAUACCAAGGAGAAAGAAAUGUAAACAAAUUAAAUCUAUAAACGAGCAACUGAAGUCAAUAACAUUAAAGGACAACGAUGGUUAAUAGAAAAACUGAACAGGAGAAUAUUGUAAUGUAAAUGUUUAGUAAAUGACAAGUGCAUGGCGAUCUUACUUGUAUUAAAUAUUAACAGUGGAGAUCUUGUAAUCGAAGAAGAGACAUUUAUUACACAGAAGGACCGAUAAGAUAUCAUUUUAUUGAAAGAUAUUAACAUUGAACUUUCUGAAGAAUAAAACAAUAGAAUCAAUGGCAAUUACUGAUGGAUACGACAUCGUUACAUUAUCCACUAUAUUAAGUAUUCCAACAAGAACAACAAUAAAUAAUAAAGCAAUUGAUGGAAACCAACAUCAUCCAAGAGAAUGAUACUCAAUUUUUUAAUCUGGUAAUGUUGGGUCAAAAAACAAAACAGGCUAUAAACGAAUGUACAAAGAUUACCGAGUAUAAAUCAUAAAAUAGUUGAAUAAUAAUAUCCUAUAAUGAUAGUAGAGAAUUAAUUGAACAACUAUGAGAUAUGAACUAUAAUACUACAGCUAAUUUAAGUAGCGGAUACUAUCAGUUAUUGCUGUUGCAGAUAUAUGGAUUGAAACCUAUAAUAUCCAAUGAAUUAUAUAUUUUUUAAGAUCCAUGAGGUUUUGUACUCCAUGAUAAGCAUUCUGUUAUAUCUGAAUUUAUCAAGUAGUCGCAAUAUAGUCUUUCGCUUGUUUUCGCGCUAGAUCCCGACACUUUCGAAAAUUUAUAAUCCAUUUGCUCUUCAACGUUAUCUUGCAUCAAGAACAUGUGUUCCAAAUAACAAAUGAAAUGAACUCAUCGGUCCAGGAACGUCUUUAACAUAAGCCGCAUUUGAUGUAAACUAAGACUACUAUUUACGGGGUAGAUUUGCCGCGCUUCUCAUGGCCAGCCCUUCCAUUGUCUUUUGUUAUCUACAAAUUCUUUUGUUACCUACAAAUCGAGCCGUUAAGAUUUGGAAUAGAAACGGGCAGUAGGAAAUAGAACGUAGACGAGAGAAGUAGCACGAGAGUGUAGUAUAAAAUUUAAACAGUGUGAAUAAUAAACGUAAAUUGUCGUUUCUUUGUUCACAGAGAAACAUAUUUUCGUAUAUCACCUCACAUAAUUAAUCCGAGAUAUUAUAAAACAACAAUUUUUGGUUUAUAAUGGAAAGAAAACUACAAUUCGCAUUUAAAUGUGUGGCAUCACCGAGCGACGGAAAAACAAACGUGAUUGCUAUAACCUCUAUCACAAAUGAGGACAAACAAAGAUAUAUGUUGCCAGAAAAUGAAAAAUUUGCAAGUAACCACAGUGAACUAAUAAAAACGGAAAGCUAUAAGAGAAUGGAAAAAAGCCUCAAUCAAAGAGGCCAAAAAAGAAAAAUAUGGAUUAAAUGCACACGGGAAAUGGACAGUACGUAUUUUGAUGAAAAUGGCAAUAUAAUGUUUAAUGAUCUAUACCUAGAAGAAAUAGUAGAAACAAACAUAAUAGAACCCACACAAAAGAAAGAAUACCAAAUAGAUUUGAAGGGUAUAUCGGAACAAUUCAUGAUUGAAAAAUUUGUAUGUAAACACUCAAAUGCAGAACAAUGGUUGGAAACAUUUGAAAGAGAAUGUCAAAGAUUCGAAAUUAAAGAAGAUAACACAAAAAUUGAAAUUUUAAGAUUAUUCCUUGACAGGGCAUGUUUAGACUGGCACUCAGCAACAUUAACAGCGUUGACAAUAGAGGCUGAUUGGAACGAAUGGAAACAAAGAUUCUUGAAAUCAUUUGCAGACAAGGGAUGGAGUACAGGUAUAUACUCUAUUUCCUACAGAUAUAAAGAAGGUUCAUUAAUGGAGUACGCUAUGAGGAAAGAAAAACUAUUACUGGAUAUGGACAACAAUAUUGGUACAAAGACUCUGAUAAUGCUUAUAGCAGCAGGAUUACCAGAAUUCAUAAGAGAUAAAAUAGACAGAGAAAAUUGUCAAAACUCAACAGAAUUACUACAAGAAAUAAAAAAAUGUGAAAAUCUAGUAAAUAAGAACAGUUUUACCAAAAAGAAAUUUGAAGAAAAGAAACCAUGUAAGAAUUGUGAAAAAUUAAACAAGGGUAUUAGAUAUCAUUCAGAGGACUACUGUUGGUUCAAAAAGGAAAAUAGAAAGGAAACCGGAAUAAAUGGAAACAAUUCGAUGAUAGAAGUGGACCUAUGCAAGGAACAAAAAAAACGAAUAAUCACACCAUUGAUCAAAAUAAAGAUAGAAGAGAAGUUAGAGGUAAACGUAACAUAUGACCCAGGUUCCCGUCUCUCUAAUAAAUUCGAGACUAGUCAAAAUAAAAAAAAAAGAAGCAGAAGAUAAAAAUAAAAUAUUUUUAAAGACGGUCAAUUGUGUGAAACAAACAAAAGGUUUAGUAACCAUUAAAGUAAAAAUUUUUGAUAAAGAGGAAUAUGUUGAUGUAUUUAUUGUAGAAAGAAAUAACAUCUCACAUAAUUAAUCCGAGAUAUUUUAUAUAUAUAUAAAAGGUAACUACAUUAUUAUAUCUAUCCUAUAUCUAUAUCUAUAUAGGGAGGUAACUACAAUUAUUAAUAAACGCAUUUAUAUGUUGUACAAAAAGUCAUAAAAUUCUGACACAAAGAAAUUGUGUCAUUAUAUACAUAAUUGUUUUUCUAAUUGAAAUUAAAAAGCAGUCAAAAUGACUUCUUUGGGUAAUCUAGUAUUAAAACUCAUUUGCCAGAUAAAAAUUAUAAAAGCUACUAACUCUGACGCUUUGAUUGAUUGUAAAGUAAUAAACAGUAUGAAAACAAAAGCAUAACGAUUAUAAGGUAGUAACAGACGAAACAGAUAAAAAUAAAAGUUUCGUAUUUUUCAUUAUAUGUCCUUCUUUUUUUGGACUUCAUUAUUGUCGUAGCGACGACAGUAUAAUAUAAGUUGGUAAUUCCGUUUUCCUAGCUACGGCGGUAACCAUAAAUAAUUUUAUAUUUUUAUAUAUGUAGGGAAAUAUUUCGACAUAUGUUUAUUGUAAUCAAUUUGAUGAAAUACUCUUGGAGUAGAUGGUUACUUGUACUAAAAAUGACACGGAGUUGCUUGUAUUAAUAAUUGAUCGGAAUGUAAAGAAUUAGACGUAUUUAUCGAUAGGCGAUAAUGUGUCGAAAUUAUCAAGGACACGAUUUGUCGAGAGUUCGCGCGUCAAAUCACUACAUAAAAUGAUACAUUUUUUCUUUUUUUUGUUUUCAUAAAUACAUAAAAAAUACAAUGGUUCUGCCAUCAAUACAGUACUAUCUGUAGUUAUGAUAACGUACAAAGAAUGUACAAAACCGUUAACGUAUGGAAAAUACCAAUCUUCAUGGUUUUUAUCCCAAUAACCAAUCAACUGAAGCAGUUAAUAACAAAAGUUAGAUAUAUAACUAUCAUUAAAAUCUCCUGCGAAAAAUACCAAAACAAAAGAAAAAUGACACAAUCCCAAAUGUACGGCCAUACCAUUGCAAAUUGUUACACUAGUCCAAUUUGCAUUAAAUGCGCAUGACAGCACUUUACUAAUGACUGUGUAAAAAACGAAGAGGAAUCUCCUAAAAUCAUUAAUUGUAUGAAUAUAAAAUGGUUUAAAAAUUAGACCAAUACUAAUAUAUGCUGCUCCGGUAUAGUUUAGUACGUCCAAAACAACUCUCAAAGUACUAAAAAUUAUCGAAAAUAUAUAUACUAUCAAAUAUAUAGCAUAUAUAGAUGAAUAUAGAAAACAACUACCUAUUAGUUUUAAUAAGAAUUAACUUAAACACAAUAGUCUAAUAUAACUGAAAUCAGAAGAAAUAAUGCAGCAUUCCCAAUUAACCAUAAAUCUCCUUAUAGAAUCUUCUGAAGGUUUUUUGAAAGGAACUCAUAAACAUGUAAAAAUUGAAUGAACAAUUAAAUUUAAUGCCCAUAAUGCAUCCCGAGGAACCGAAACUUCAGAAAUUCUUUUAAAUAUAUAUCUCAUAAAUAGAUAAAUAUUAUAUUUCAUAAAAUAAAUAAUAAGUUAACUUGUCUUAUAAGAAGGAACAGCUCCGAAAGUAAACCUGAAUAAGUACGAACUGAUUAUUAUUACGAAAUAUUAUAAGAACAUAGUAAAUAUACAUAUAUAUUUUUAUACUUCGUUUAUCCUUUUUAUAUACUGUAUAUUUGUUCCAUUGUUGUUAUUAUCAAGUCUAUAUUUUUACAAAAUAAAAAUGUUUUCUUCUGGAUUCACAAGCCCGAAUUCCAUACCCGGCCGCAGAUAAAAAUUUAUUAUAUUAUACAAAAGUACAAUACGUAUUACAUAAGUACAAAAAUGUCUUUUUUAACAUUAGUUAUUCGUUAUGCUUGAUGGGGGAAAGUGCUGAUAUAAUAAUAAGAAUAAUGAUCCAGAUGCUUAAAUUCACCUUAAUAAAUCACGUCACGAGAAAACAAGAUGUAAGUGCUUAUUGAUCGUACUUGUUUUAUGAUUGUCUUAUAGCUAUAUCUAUAUAACAAUCAAGUUAUGCCGGACACUACUAGUUUCGCUAGUAGCGACACGUAGAACUAAUAUAUAGUGCGUAAAUCAGAGUCAGAGUCAGUCGUGUUGCGACAGCCGGAGAAAGCAGUUUUCUAUUAAAUGUAUCGAGGAGUAAGAAAAGUAAGCAAUACAAAUCUAAAAACGAACAACAAACGUCAAUAACAUUACAGGACAACGAUCGAUAAUACGAAGGUUGAAUUGAUGAGAAAGGAGCAGCAAAGAAACAGGUAUAAUCAACAACAAAAGAGACACAAUAUUGAAAGAAAAUAAGUAUGAAAGGCAGUAAAAGCUUGACCUUUUAGAGAAAUAAAUAUUAUCGAUAUUCGAUUCGUUUAAUGAAGGUCCCGACAUUAGCUGAUGGAAAAUCCUUUAUUUAAGGGAAUAAAACCCAUAUGAACAGGAAUAGUAAAAUAAUGAGUACUUCAAAUAUAAGGAAGGAAGUUACACAAUAAAUAAGUGCAAAAACAAAAAAAAACGCUAAUACAAGGCAGCUUCCUGAAACUUUCACCCGCCAACAUAGUGUUAAUAAGAAAAUCUGAGGAAAGACGGACUUACUACAAAUAAUCUCAAAUAGUUAGUAACAAUGGACGAUUAAGGCAUGUGGAUUGUACCUCAAUUGAAUAUUAUUGGCGGAUAUAUUGUAAUCAACGAAGAGACAUUCAUUACGCAAAGAGAUCUGAUAAUUUUUAACAGGAAUAAUGCAAAGAAGUUAUACCGAUAGAACAGAGAUGAAUGUAACACUGAUGUAUUUGACAUCUUUACACAAUCAAUCAUAUAAAGCAUUAUACCAGAAACUGCAACAAUAGCAAUAAAUAAUGCAGCAACUUAUGAAAGUCUACAUCAUCAAAAACAGUAAUUAACUAACUGUCCUUCUCGCAUAUUCGUGAUAAUACCGCAAAUCCUUGGUAGUACUGAAUUUAAUUUCAUAGAAUUUUGGAACUAUAUUUAUUCAAAAUUCUGAUUGUGAUUUUUGUGUGACUUUUAUGUGAGGAUUGUCGUCUAAUCGAUAAAUCGCCGAAAUUCACGAAAUCGUAUAUUCCUCUUCGCGAACAAAUUUCAAACUCAUACUGUCGUAUUCGUAAAGCUAAACAGGUUGUCCGUAUGCUUCUUUAUUUUGACCGUGUACAAAAUUUUCUUUUCUCUCCUCGGACUGUACUUCACGUUACUUGUACAUUUACGACCUUUCCUACUGUCAUUCGUUUGAAACCCUGUGAUUUAUUUCAAAAGUGAGAUUUCGCCAAGAUUUCUAAUGGAUAAUCCGAUAGAGUCUAAAAUGUCAAUAAAAAAAACUUUCUUCUUGAUUGACCAAUAAUAUUUGGAGUUUAACUGGAGAAUUACAAAUACGUACUAAGACUGUUAUAUUAAUAAUUGAACAAUUAUUAUCACAUUAAUUUUUAUUUAUAUUAAUUGUAUACAUUCUGAAACAUGUACGUAUGAUAGCACUAAAUUUAA